AUGACAGCUCCUGGAGCUCACUCCCUCCGCCGAGGUGGCGCACACAUAUGGGCUGAUGGGCUCGGCUGCCUCGGCCGGAGACGUGCUGCAACAACGACAACCAAUAUCGCAUUCCGAUCUAGUCGGCGGCAUGUCUCGACGCAAGGGAAACGGCCGCGGACGGCUCUCUUCUUUCCAGGCCAAGGAGUUCAGAAAGUCGGCAUGAUAACCCCCUGGCUUGAGGCCUUUCCCGUGACGGCAAAACCGAUACUGGAGGAGAUUGACCAUUUUAUGGGUUAUAAGCUCUCCGAUGUUAUCGCCAACGGGCCCAGCAAGGUUCUCACCAGAACCCCGAAUGCCCAGCCCGCCAUAAUGGCGACCUCGAUCCUGAUCCUGCGCAUUCUCGAGCGCGAGUUCAACUUUGACAUUCACCAGCGCAUUGACGUCACCCUUGGUCACUCACUCGGCGAAUUCGCAGCCCUCGUGGCGGGCGGAUACCUCGAGUUCGAAGACAGCCUGUACCUCGUGCGCAAGCGCGCCGAGGCCAUGUCAGAAGCGACAAGGCGCGCUGUUGAGGAGUAUGGCGGCGAGUACGGCAUGGUAGCCAUCGUUACGGAGCCGGAGUACCUUGGCCCGCUGAUCGCGGCCAUACACGACUUCGUGGGACAUUCGAGCGCUGGUUCCAAAGGAGAGAGCUCCGAGGAUCUGCCGCCGAUCGAGCAGGUGCUCAUUGCCAACAUCAACAGCAAGAACCAGAUCGUACUGAGCGGGUGUAUCGAGCGCAUCAAGACGCUUGCGACGCACGUACGGCAGUUUCUGGGGCAUGAUCCGCGGGCGGUAAGGUUAAACAGCGACAGCCCUUUCCACAGCCCUAUCAUGAAGCCUGCGGUGUCGGUAGUGAAGAACAUCCUGUCCAGGAAGAGCAGAGUCAAGGGCCGCGAACGGGACGACAUGAUUACGUUUCCCGGAAAGCUGCCUUGCAUCAGUAAUGUCAGUGCCAGACCUUUUGAGAGUAAAGAGGAUGUGAAGGACCUUCUUGCGAGGCAGUGUUUGGAGACGGUGAGGUGGUGGGACAGUAUCAAGUACCUCGACCAGGAGGAAAAGGUCCGGCGAUGGGUUGGUAUCGGACCUGGAAAGGUGGGACGAAACCUCGUAGGUAAGGAGGUGGGAAUGAGAGGGAAAGACUCUGUCAAGGGCGGCGGCGUAUGGGCCAUUACGGACCCAACCGACAUCGAAGAGGUGUUGAGAGGACUUGAAGACACAGAGAAGAUAUCUGACGAAGAGGUCGACUGA